AUGGUUUGUUUGGGCUACCUUUUGGUUCAAAAAGUCAUAGCCAGUCGUCGGGAAGCUCGCUGGCCCUUGUCCUCAGUCAACCCACGAGCCCGGGAUGGCAAGGGGCGGGUCUUCAACCAGCCUCCAGAAGUCCUCCACAAAGUCUUCGACGAAAGGAUCCCAGAAGAAAACCCAAUCCUCAGGUUGUGGGCCGUAAGUAAACCCCGUAAGAAAAAGCACGGUAUACGCGUGCCUAUCUUGACCAACAUCUCUGAACAAUCCUACCCUCUGAGUCUGGUACCACUCCUGUAUCUUCCCUUGACGGAAUUGUUUGAAUGUCUUCAUCUCAAUUUUCCCGUAAUUCUUCAAGUCUAUACCACCCGACUGCAGGUAUUUGAGCCAAUAUCUGGUCAUCCUCUGAGAAUGCUGACGCUGUAUCCUUUGGACUUCGCCAAGCGGAAUGCAGCAGCAACUGGUCUCCAGGAUCACCCAGAAAAGGGCCGAGAUCUCGGACUGAGAAGACCUCCAGGAGAUGUGUUCAGGAUCACAAAUGGAAGCCAAGUCUCGAACGAGAUCAUGAUAGAAAGACCAUCGUACUUUGUUCUCUGUCCAACGUACUUGGUUCUCUGCCCAGCUGUUCCCGGGCAGAUAAUCAUGAGCGGCGACAGUCCAGACAGACGCAAGAAAACUCCAUACCGUUAUCUCGCCAGGGGGCUUCCAUCGUACGGCUGUGGUAAGCAGGUCGCCUGCUGA